AUGGCGAUGCGUUCAGCACCAUCACAACCUGUAACUCAACUAGAAAAUUUUCUUCGUACAGAUGUUAUUUGUGUAACAUUAAAGUUCGGUUUUCAACAAAAGCCAUUCAAAUAUCCAAUGAAUGAUUCAUCGUGCAGUACUAUCGAGAAAAUCUAUCGUGACGCAGAAAAUUGGCUACGAUCAAUACUAAGCAAUACAAAGAAUCUACAAUUAGUCGAACGUUACACACUUUAUCUUUUCCGAAUCCCAUCAUCGGACUUAACAAUGGUACCAAUUGCUCAAUUGUCUGACCUUGAACAAAAUUCUCUUAUUGAAUUAGUUGUCGUACCUGUGGAAAUCAACCAAAAUCCGCAUGCUUUAUACCGAUGUCAACUAAAUGUGCCAACGAAUUGUUCGAAAUGUUCACGACUGAUUACUGGAAUCUACCGGCAAGGUUUUCGUUGUCGAAAGUGUCGAAUGACGUAUCAUAAAGAUUGUGCACCGUUUUUACUCGAUGACUGUUCCGUUCUCACCGAUCCGCCAUCACCAACACGAAAAUCCGCCUCAACUUCUUUAUCUUUCGUCAAUCCCUUUGUUCAACCACCAGUUACAUCUGCAAAUUCCACCUUAACUCCUGGUACAAAAACCAUUCCCAUCUACAGUCCAUCCUCGAAUACCUCGAAAGAAACGGAACAAUCAGCGAUGGCAACAACUAUUAUCGAUGAAGGCAUCUUUCCCGCUUGCAUCAGUGGUCGAGAUAUUUACCAACGAUAUUUAUUUCGUUUAACACGAACAAGUUUAACAUUGACAACGACUUUGUCGAAUUCAUCAUCUCCACAAGAACAACAAACACGACAAGCAUCGGAAACCGACACACUUAUUCCAUUGGCGGAAAUUAAUGAUAUAAUCCUUACACAUUUUAUUGACGAUCGUGAUCAUAUCUUUGAAAUUCAUUUUCAAGGAAAAUUUGUUCUUUGUGUGGGUAAAAAAAGUGAUUCAGAUGAUUUACAGAUGCAAACAGCACAAUUUUAUUCAUCCAUUCGUGAUCAAUGGGAAGCAUUAGCUACAACAACACAACCAGCACCACCGUCUGCAACUGUACCAGUGCCAACUGCAUCGACAACAAAUUCUAGAUCGAAUGGAAACUUGAAACGAAGACAAAGUAUUUAUCGACGACCUCCACAAGGAACCGAUAAUGAAGAUAAAGAUUUGCAUGAAUUGUACACAUUUACUGGUGAAAAGAUCGGUGAAGGUCAAUUCGGACGAGUCGUGGGUGCGAUUCGUAAAUCAACCAAUCGUAAAGUUGCGAUAAAAUGUAUCGAAAAAGCCAAUUGUAGCGAAGAAGAUAUUCGUCGAACAAACGAAGAAAUCGAUCAUCUUUACAAAUUCAAUCACGUCAAUAUUCUCAAACUCGAAGCUUAUUUCGAACGUGGCGACGCUGUCUAUAUCAUCACAGAACGUAUGGAAACUGAUAUGUGUAAAUAUAUAAUGGAAUCAUCAAAUAAAUGGCUCGAUGAAAAUAUGUGUAAAAUGUUGAUCUAUCAAGUAAUUAUCGCACUGCGAUAUUUACAUUCGAAUAAUUGUGGACAUUUGGACGUGAAAUGUGAAAACAUACUCAUAUCAUUUCUAAAGCCCGUUCCGUCGUCGUCAACAAAUAAAACGCAAACAAUAAAAUACAAAACUGAAUUACCGUUGGUUAAAUUAGCUGAUUUCGGCUAUUCGAGAAUCAUCGGUGAACAUUCGUUUCGAAAAACACGAGUUGGAACCAAAGUGUACUGUGCACCGGAAAUUUACCGAAGUAAAGAAGGUUACAAUCGCUUGGUUGAUAUGUGGAGUGUUGGUAUUGUUCUCUAUGCAGCUCUCUCAGGUACUUUACCAUAUGAUGAAAAAGAUGUUCCGCGUGCGGAAGAAAUUGUGCGCAAUAAGAAGUUAAUGUACUCUAACCAACGUUGGCGUGAUGUCACUGAUGAAGCAAUUGAUUUAAUUUCGAAUAAACUGUUAGUUGUUCAGCCACUGACACGAAUACGAUCAACGGAAGCUUUAUUCCAUGCUUGGUUUACAGAUUUUCAUCUGUAUAAGAACUUACGUGAAGUCGAAAAACGUACUGGAUAUGAUUUCUCAACGAAACAACAACAGCUUCCAUCAUCAUCGAAUUGGUUGACAGGUGAACGAGAAGAUCCUGUUUGGACGGAAUUCAAAUCAAUGUAUGAAAGAUCAACGGAAUGA